GUUGAUGAAAGAGGAGAGGGAUAUAAUGAGACGUCUGUCCAGUUCAGGAGCAGAAGGUGAGGAGAAGAAGAAGAAGAGCAGAAAGACGCAUAAACAAACUCGCACCACACACCCCGGGAGCAUUUAUCACUAUUCACUGCACCAGUAACGUCCAUGAGGAACAUUACAGGGAUGAAGGAUGAAUGGGUUUUUGUUCUCCUGUUCUCCUCAGUAGUAUGUGGUAUAGGAGCAUAUAUUCCUCAUCGCUAUUACUUUGUGAAUGAGAAUAAAACCUGGAGUGAAGCUCAGAAUUACUGCAGAGAGAAAUACACUGAUCUGGCCUCCAUCAACGACAUGGGAGAGAUGAUGAAGCUGAAUUACACACUGAAGAUGGAAACUGUAAAGAAAGCUUGGAUCGGUCUACAGAGAGAGGGCACUGGGAAAUGGCAGUGGUCUCUGGCAGACCAAACUUUCCACAGAGACGGAGACACUUACAGAAACUGGAACAGUGGAGAACCAAACAACUACGGGGGAAAUGAGUUCUGUGUUAAUAUGGUAAAAAGCUCUGGUUCUUGGUAUGAUGGCAACUGUGAUAGCCCAUUACCUUUCAUCUGUUAUGAAAAAAAGAACACAAACACUAGUAGAUACAUGUUUAUUAAUGAGAAAAAGACCUGGUAUGAUGCUCAGACCUACUGCAGAGAGAAACACACCGACCUGGUCGGUGUGAGGAACCAAACUGAGAAUGAGGAGAUCAAGAAAGUGAUUAAAAAUUCAUCUACUGAAAAUGUUUGGAUUGGUCUGUUUAAAGACUCCUGGAAGUGGUCAGAUCAGAGUAAUUCCUCAUUCAGACACUGGAGCUCUGACAAACCCAGUGGAAGUUUUAAGUGUACUGCAGUGAAUGUGUCUGAUCAAGACCACUGGACCAAUGUGGACUGCACAGAAAAACUCCCCUUCUUCUGCCAUGAGAAUAAGCUGAUACUGAUUAACCAGAAUCUGACCUGGAAAGAAGCUCUGAGAUACUGCAGGAUCCAUCAUUAUGACCUGGUCUCAGUGCGCACUGAGGAGAUGCCUCUGUGGCUCGGCCUGCGUCACAUCUGCGCUCUGGGCUUCUGGUACUGGGUGACUGGAGAGAUGAUCUGCUACCAGGACUGGGCCCCGGGGAACGGGACGGGGUUCGAAGAUGAGGAGAGAACCGGAGCAGUGCAGUCUGGAGGAAAGCAGCAGUGGAUCAGCCUGCCUCAGAGCAACACACUCAACUUCAUCUGCUCUACCUAUGAAGGUUAGUCAGUGUGGUGUUUUUGCUGUAGUAGUUGUUGUGGAUAAAAAAUGUCAUAAAAUAAACAUAAGGGAGAAGAAGGAAAAACGGGCACCUUGACACGUAGAAGCGGGAUUAGGCGGACAUUGACAGAUUGGAAUUACGAGCAAUUUAAGAUCAGUAAUAGUCAAAAAAGUCAAAAAGAAGUGUAC